AGAAAAAAAAUAAUGUUAAGUGGAAUCUUUUAGAGAAAAAGACACUCUUCUCUAUUUUCUUCCCUCAUCUCAUCCCAUUCCCAUCUCUCUCUCUCUCAUCACUCUCACUACUCUCUCUUUCUCUCUCUAUAAAAAUCCAUUCUGGGCAGACUAAAAACAGACCCAGAAACAAAGCUAGAGAGAGAGAGUGAGCUUCAACAACAACAAUGGUGGUUUCAUCUACAACUCAAUGCCUCUCUCUGGUUUUACUACUUCUUCUCUUCACUACUAUCUUAGCAGAAGAUGGCCCAAUACCAAACGGAGACUUCGAGACGAUCCCAACAGGUGGUUUCCCAAGUGGCGAAUCGGUAGUUGAUGGGCCCACAACGAUCCCAAAUUGGAGAUCAAACGGCACCGUUGAGAUGGUAGAAUCAGGGCAAAAACAGGGUGGGAUGAUCCUCAUCGUACCACAAGGUAGACACGCAGUGAGACUUGGUAACGAUGCUGAGAUCAGACAAGAUCUAAAGGUGGAGAAAGGAUCAAUCUAUUCGGUUACUUUUAGUGCGGCUCGCACGUGUGCACAGCUGGAGUCACUUAAUGUGUCCGUGCCACCUGCGUCGCAGACAAUAGAUCUUCAGACUUUGUACAACGUGGAAGGGUGGGACCCAUAUGCUGUGGCUUUUGAAGCUGACUCGGAUGAGUUGACUUUGGUCUUUACUAAUCAGGGUAUGGAGGAUGACCCAACUUGUGGGCCCAUUAUUGAUGAUAUUGCUAUUAAGAAGCUAUUUACACCAGAUAGGCCCAAAGAUAAUGCAAUGGUGAAUGGAGACUUUGAAGAAGGUCCAUGGAUGCCUAAAAACGUUUCGCUUGGAGUACUUCUUCCCACGAAUUUAGACGAAGAGAUUUCGUCGCUACCCGGUUGGAAUGUGGAGUCAAAUAGGGCUGUGAGGUACAUUGAUUCCGACCAUUACAGUGUCCCAGAAGGCAAGCGCGCCAUUGAGUUGCUCUCUGGCAAAGAAGGUAUAAUAUCCCAAAUGGUUGAGACUUCGCCGAACAAGAUCUAUAGCUUGAGCUUCGCUAUAGGUCAUGCCGGGGACAAGUGCAAGGAGCCUCUUGCUGUCAUGGCUUUCGCUGGAGACCAAGCGCAAAACAUUCACUACAUGCGCGAAUCCAACUCAACUUUCCAAGUCGCUAGUCUCAACUUCACUGCUAAGGCUGAACGGACGAGGAUCGCGUUCUAUAGCGUGUAUUACAACACGAGGAGCGACGAUGGGAGCUCGUUGUGUGGCCCUGUGUUGGAUGACAUUAGGGUUAUGGCUUCUAGCUCUCGUCGAAAUGUGUUUGGGGGUUUCGGGUUAAGGCUUGUGGUUGCCAUUUGGGUGUUUUUUUAUGUGUUGGUUUAAGGGGUUUUAUAGAUAUAACAGAUAUAUAUAUAUAUAUAUAUAUAUAUAGUGUACUGUAUUGUAUGGUAUAUUUUGCUUUCUAAUUUUUGGUAUGAGAAUGAGAUAUGAGUAGUAAGCAAUGCUCUUUUUUCA